AUGGCAAAUGAGAAUGGCGACGCCCCCGACACCAGUGCUUCCCCGCCGCUGCUGAAGCCGCGAGGGCGACUACCGCAACGCCGCUACGCCGUCACCCCUGCCGCCGCCAGCGAGUACAAGCGGGUGGCGCUGACGUUCGUGGCGGCGUUCUGGGACGACCCGUUUGUCAACUAUGUCCUCCGCACCGAGCGGCUCUCGCCGACGGCCAAGCGGGCAUUAUACUCCGCCUACUACACCCACGCCGUGUGGGAGUGUUUCGCUUUGGGUGGCACCGUAUGGGUGGUCAGAGACGUUGACCACGAAGCCGAGCUCGCAAACAGCGCCGCCACCCACGUGCGACGCGGCGCUACCACCGUGUUUGUGGCAGCAGCCACCUGGUACAACGUCUACGGCGACCGCCGCUACCACGACUUGGACUUGGGGGUGGUGGCGCUGCUCUUGCUGCGCCACUACGUGCGUGUCGAGGUGCUCACGUGGUGGUACCAGUGUCGCCGCCGCCUUAGCGGCGCCAUGAAGCGGCUCGCGGCGGUGCGCGAUUCUUACGUUACCCGCCACCAGUUGGUUAGCGACGAUACGGUACUCUGGUAUCUUGAUGACUUAGGCGCAGUACCUGAAGUCCACGGCCAAGGUGUAGGCACGCAAUUGCUCAGUCACUGUCUUGAGCAAUUGCGCCAGCCCCACGCCGUGUUCUAUUUAGAGCUGAGUAACGUCGCCAACCGCGGCUUUUACCGUAAACACGGGUUUGAAAUUGUCGACCUGGAAGACGUCAGUCGCGGUAAGAGUAAACUGCCAAUCGUCGUGGACGCCAUGGUGCGGGCGAAUUGA